GUUGACGCGUUCACGCGUCGUCGGGGCACGGACGUAUAUGUGACGCACAAGGCCAGUAGUGGUGGAUGCCAGACUGAUCGUAGGUCACGCUGGAAGUUCGUCGGAGGCAGGACCAGUCGCUCGGCCCCGUCGUGAGAGCACACUUCUCGCUCCGAUCACGCGUGUAUUACGACGGAGAGCCAGGCUCGCCAAGACCAGCUGCCAGCCUCGCAUCGAUCGGUCCGGAGAUCAGGGGAAGCGGUAGCACGUGUGCGACAUCAGAGAGCCGUUAACGUUUCGACAUGGUCGUUCCUACGGAUCAUACACUUCACGAAGCAAUUCAAGUAUCGUCACUGAUACUUUCUGACGAUGUUAGACGACAAAAAAUCGAGAAUCACAUGGCGAAGAUGCGAUUCUCCGCGGCAACUGCGCGGAAGAUACAGGAUGUUUUUAUUUCGGAAAUGAACAAGGGAAUUCAUCAGCAAUCGUCCUCUUUGCAGAUGGAAAACACCUAUAUACCGGAACUACUCGAUGGAACAGAAGAGGGUCUUUACUUGGCACUCGACCUCGGCGGCACUAACUUUCGCGUGCUCCUGUUGGAGUUGGCUCAUGGUGCUCCCGUACGACAAGAAGUGAAGCGAUAUUACAUCGGGUCUGAAUUAAGGGUCGGCUCGGCAAUCCCUCUGUUUGACUAUUUGGCCGAGUGUGUCAGUGAUUUCGUCAUUUCUCAGGGUCUUCAGGACGUGGAGCUUCCUCUUGGCUUUACCUUCUCCUUCCCGAUGGUUCAACACUCGUUGGACGUCGGUAUUCUGGUGACAUGGACCAAGACGUUCAACUGUCCCGAUGCUGUGAACAAGGACGCCGUGAGGCUCCUGCGAGAGGCAUUGGAUCGGCGAGGCGACACAAAGGUGAAGGUCGUAGCCGUUUUAAACGACACGACAGGUACCUUGGUACAGGGAUCAACUUUGGAUCGUAACACGGCGAUUGGACUUAUUCUGGGAACUGGCAGCAACGCCUGUUAUCUGGAACGCGCGGACCGGGUCGAGCAUUGGGAAACGGAGAGACACGGCGAGAGAGAAGUUAUCAUUGAUAUCGAGUGGGGCGCCUUCGGCGAUAAUGGCGUCUUGGACUUCAUCAAGACGGAUUUCGAUCGCGAGAACGACGCAAAUUCCCUUAUCGUGAAUUCGUUUACAUUUGAAAAGUACAUUGCUGGCAAAUAUCUCGGUGAGGUGGUUCGCGUGAUACUUGCGAAGUUGACCAAAGAGAGGCUUUUAUUUGUAGGAGAAUCUACAUUAGACAGUCUCCUAACGCCCGGUGAUCUUACCACCGAUCUGAUAUCGCACAUCGAGCAGGACGCGGUGGACGGCGGCGACAGUAAUACGAGGGAGGUCCUUGGGAAAUUCGGCAUCAUUCCGGACGAGGAUGACAUCAGAAUCGUUCAAUACGUGUGCCAGGUCGCCUCUAACCGCGCAGCUCUUCUAGUGUCGAUAUGUCUGGCGAGCUUGCUGGAUCGCAUCGAUAAGGAACAAGUGACGAUCGCUGUGGAUGGGUCUCUGUACAAGCAUCAUCCUCGAUUAGAAGGUUGGAUGAAGCAGUACAUCUCGCUUCUCAGCCCAGGACGAAAGUUCAAAUUAAUCCACGCGGAAGAUGGAAGCGGCAAGGGCGCCGCGCUGGUCUCCGCUAUCGCACAAAGAAUCCAAAAGCGGUUAAAAUAAUCGCGAGCAAAUUAUAAAAAGAAGAAAAACGUCUACCUGUCAUCGUAGCCGUCGUUAUCAUCACCGGCGCAACUUUGCACGAGUCGCCAAUAGUCAUAGAAAUGCUCCACCAGCAGAUUUCAAUUCAAUAUUGCGGCAAAUUCCUCGCUGUAUCCACAAAUAUGUUACUCGCGAUACUUAGAUUGAAUUCUAAUGGAUUGCAGGCGUCUCGAUUAAUAUCAAUUUAGGCAUUGUGAGUUUGCAUCAGGACGCGUUUGUGUCAACCUCGCGACGAAGCGAAAUGUCGAAAAGAUAGGGGGUAUCGAUCGUCAGCCGACGCGGCAGGCGCGUGCGUUGUUUUAAGGAAACAAAUAUACGCUUGUCAAGCGCGUGGGAGAACCGAAUUAGCAAGCGAAUGAAUCGAAGAACGAUAUUAUUUAUUGAAUAAAGCUGCAAUGGAAACGGGCGCGUCCGAGAGGCGAACAGUUGUUGCGUAUUGUAAACGUUUUGGGAACGUUCCUCUUUUUUGUACGAGAGAAAUCACGUUGUUAUAAUAAAAAGUUAGCGAAACAGAUUUAUUUUAA